AUGUUGCGACAAUUGCCAUCAACUGCCACGAGGAGACUCUUUUCUAGCUGCCGCAUUUACUGGCAGAAGAGCCCCACGGGCGUGGUGUUUAUGAACAUGGGUGGCCCGUCCACAGUUCCAGAAACCAGAGACUUCCUCUAUCAACUGUUCUCAGACAACGAUUUGAUCCCAAUUAGCAAGAAGUACCAACCGACCAUAGCUAAGUAUAUUUCCAAAUUCCGUACGCCCAAAAUCGAGAAGCAGUACGAAGAAAUAGGAGGUUCUCCCAUUCGCAAGUGGUCCGAAUACCAGGCCAAACGCGUGUGCGAGAUUUUGGACACCACGAGUCCUGAAACGGCUCCCCACAAGCCGUACGUGGCGUUUCGUUACGCAAAGCCCUUGACUGGUGAAACUUACCAGCAAAUGUUAAAGGAUGGUGUUCAGAAGGCAGUGGCUUUUUCGCAGUAUCCGCAGUUCUCUUACUCUACCUCUGGCUCGUCCAUCAACGAGCUCUGGAGACAAAUUAGGCGGUUAGACCCCGAGAGAACGAUCAAUUGGUCUGUGAUUGACCGGUGGCCCACUAACAAGGGUCUCGUCAACGCAUUCGCUGGCAAUAUCAAGGACAAAUUGCAGGAGUUUCCAGAAGAGGACAGGAAUGAUGUAGUGCUCCUAUUCUCUGCGCACUCUUUGCCCAUGGAUGUUAUCAACACUGGCGAUGCGUAUCCGGCUGAAGUGGGCGCCACUGUAUACAGUGUCAUGGAAGAGCUGAAGUUUAGCAACCCAUACAGGCUAGUUUGGCAAUCUCAAGUUGGCCCUAAACCUUGGUUGGGGGCACAAACGGCCGAUGUCACAGAAAGACUUGCACCUUCGCAGAAAGGUCUACUUUUAAUUCCGAUAGCAUUCACUAGUGACCACAUUGAGACGCUUUAUGAACUCGAUCUUGAGUUAAUUGGCGAGUCAGAGUUCAAAGACAAAAUAAAACGCUGCGAGUCGUUAAAUGGCAACGAAACUUUUAUCGAGGGGUUGGCGGGAUUGGUAAAGGAUCACUUACAAAAGGGUGAACUUUUUUCGAAGCAGUUGGCGCUCGACUUCAAGCUGGGUAAAUCCAACGACACUUUCGAGCAUCCUUCUGAUGUAUUUGGUGACCACUCUAAAAGGGAAUAA